UUUCUUUUUAUUCUUUUGUUAUAACACUCAUAACUCAAUUUAAUGGUAAACUUUGCUUUCAUUAUAUAAUUAAAAUAAAAACACAGUAACAUGGCAACAGCUGAUGAGGAGUUGUCUCCAACUGUUCAACAUUUACUAGAUCAACCUUCUUUAAAAUGGAUUUUUGUUGGAGGUAAAGGCGGAGUUGGAAAAACUACUUGCAGUUGCAGUUUAGCUUCACAGCUUUCUUACUGUCGUAAAAGUGUUUUAAUCAUUUCCACUGAUCCUGCUCACAAUAUAUCAGAUGCUUUUGACCAGAAAUUCGGAAAGAAACCAACAUUAGUAAAUGGGUACUCGAAUUUGUUUGCAAUGGAAAUUGAUCCCAACUUUGGAAUGAGUCAAAUACCUGAAGAUGUUAUAGAAGAUGAUGGUAUUACUUCAGUUGGUAAAAAAAUGAUGGCUGAGCUACUUGGAGCAUUUCCUGGUAUUGAUGAAGCUAUGAGUUUUGCUGAAGUAAUGAAGUUGGUUCGAAGUAUGGACUAUUCUGUUGUAGUGUUUGAUACUGCUCCUACUGGACAUACUUUGCGUUUAAUUUCAUUUCCUUCUGUGAUUGAAAAAUCACUAGAAAAACUUAUUACACUAAAAUCUAGAAUACAACCAUUUUUAUCACAGAUGACUGGAUUACUAGGGAUGGGAGAUUCAAGUAUUGAUAUGCUUACAAAUAAACUUGAAGAUACUUUACCAGUGAUUAAAGAAGUUUGCAAUCAGUUUCAAAAUCCUGACCAUACAACAUUUGUUUGUGUGUGCAUUUCAGAGUUUCUAUCACUUUAUGAAACAGAAAGACUUGUUCAAGAACUAACUCGAAUGAAUAUUGAUAUAUCUACAAUAAUUGUCAAUCAACUUGUUUUCCCAAGAACAUCAUCUGGUACAAGGUGUGAUCUUUGUGUUGCUAGGUCAAAUAUCCAAAAUAAAUAUUUUGAACAGAUUAAAGAUUUAUAUGAAGAUUUUCAUGUAAUUAGACUACCCUUAUUACCAAGAGAAGUUCGUGGAUAUGUUCAAAUUAAAGAUUUUUCAAACUUCCUUGUUAAACCAUACAAUCCUCCGGCCUGAUCUCCUCCCCUGGUCUGAUAAUAGAUAUACUUUUGUUGAACAAUUCAACUGGACUUAAGGUGUUGAAUGAAUGGAAACGUGUUAAAAGAAUGGAAGAAAAAGUUAGAAAGUUCAUAUUUCUUGAAAUAAAUUUUCUAAUAAACAGUU